UUUGUAUAUAACCCAAAAAAUAAAGGUUGAGUUUUGUUGGUUGGAGCAUAAAUUAACAGUGAAACUACGUCGUUUGCACCUGAUGUCAUGUGCUUAAAUUAAAAUUGCCUGGUAACACUAUCAAAGAAAGCAGACUAUCUUUCAUAGCCAUGUCUACACGGAUAACCAUGGCUGGAACAGCUCUGAGCAAGGCAGACAUGGACCUGGUUUUGGUGGAGGAAAAGUCCAGUGCAAGAACACUUAUAUUGAACAGGCCUAAGCAACUGAAUGCAUUGAAUUACCCGAUGAUUAACAUGGUUUGCCUUCGCUCCUCGGUAGCACCUGAGUAUCCUUUUACCUAUACUGUCACAAUAAGGUCCAUCAUGUUCAAAAGUGGCGUUCAGGUGUACUUCAAUCUUGUCGUUGAUAAAUGUUUCCCGUGUAGGUUUUCAAGGAUCAUUUAGUGACAGUUUUUGCAUAGUGAUUAGUGUCUCUGUGUCUUAAAGGAGUGUAUACUGUGUGCCUAGGAUAAAUAUAUCUUGUUUUGGAGUUUUGCAUGUUAGUCAAAUACUUCUUGUAUGGCGUAGGCUUUGAAUUUUGCUAUUUGUUCCUUUUCUUAUUUUGUAUCUUUAUUUUAUUUUAUUUUUCUUUUAAACAUAAUGUACCCUUAUUUAUGCAUUUAUUUUGCUUGACAAAGUAUUGUGGAUAAAUAAUUACUGUUCAGCCUUUUUUCUUCUCACGCCAUAUUAUCCUGUCUACCAGCUGUGAAGCUCCUCAAUUCCUUUGGCUGAAUUGUAUUUCUAGCCUGUACCAUUUGUCCUUGCACUCUAUUUUGUUAUGAAUUUUUCUGAAAUUAGUAACCUUGUCAUACAUUUCUUCUUUUCUGGGUUUCAGAUUUCUCGGCUACUUGACCUUUACCUUGAAUUUGAGCAGGAUCCCAAUGUGAAGUUAAUCGUCAUGAAGGGAACAGGAAGAGCUUUCUGUGCAGGAGGUGAUGUUGCUACUGUGGUUCGUGAUAUCAGUCAAGGAAAUUGGAGAUUAGGUGCUCAUUUUUUCCGAAAGGAGUUCACCUUAAACUUUUUGAUAGCAACAUACAGUAAGCCGCAGGUUUCUACACUUAAUGGAAUUGUCAUGGGUGGAGGCGCUGGUGUUUCGGUUCAUGGUAGAUUUCGGGUUGCCACGGAAAAUACGGUUUUUGCUAUGCCUGAAACAGCCUUGGGACUUUUUCCAGAUAUUGGUGCCUCCUAUUUCCUUUCAAAACUUCCUGGAUUCUUUGGAGAAUAUGUUGGCCUGACAGGUUAUAGGCUUGAUGGUGCCGAAAUGCUUGUGUGUGGACUUGCUACUCAUUAUGUUCCGGCAGAGAGAUUAUCCUCACUUGAAGACGCACUUUAUGGAGCCAACUCGAGUGAUCUUGCAACUAUUUCUUCAAUUAUUGAUAAAUUUUCACAAGUACCAAUUUUGAAAGGAACGAGCGCUUACCAUAGGUUGAAGAUCAUUAACAAAUGCUUUGCUCGGAGGACUGUUGAAGAGAUUUUAUCUGCCCUUGAGGGGGAGGCAGCAAGCAACAAGGAUGACUGGAUCUUAUCAGCUAUUGACUCAUUGAAGAAAGCUUCUCCUACAAGUCUUAAAAUUUCACUAAGAUCGAUUAGAGAAGGGAGGCUUCAAGGCAUUGGGAAAUGUCUAGCUCGGGAAUAUAGAAUGGUUUGCCAUGUCAUGAGGGGAGAAAUGAGCAAGGAUUUUUUUGAGGGCUGCCGAGCCAUAUUGAUCGACAAAGAUAAGAAUCCAAAGUGGCAACCUUCAAAGUUGGAGCUAGUCGACGAAGCUAUGGUUGACAAGUACUUCUCCAGAGUACAGGAUGAAGAUUGGGAAGAGUUAGAAUUUCCUCCAAGAUCAAACUUGCCAGCACAUGCCAUUGCAAAGCUCUGAACUUCACCACAUUAACUAGAAAGCCACGUUUAACUAUUGCAAAAUAAUUAUUGUGUACGGGUACGUGCAUAGUUCCUUGUCAUGUAUUAUGGAGGUAACAUAAACACUUGUACAAAUAAAGGAAUAAAGGACGAUGAAACCCAAAAAAAAAAAAAAAAACCUCAUACUAGCUAUUUUCAUCAGUGCCUACAAUCUGUAGGUUUAGGGUUUAGGGUUCAGUAUUCAAGGUUGCGACUUGCUACUGAUAAGUAAUCGGUGUAUUCUUCAUAAUGUACCAUCCGGGAUCUCAAUCUGCUUUCUCCUCUUGAGUUUCUUAGGCAACUUAAAACGGAGCAGAUCAACGGCGCCGGAUUCGUCAAAGCUUCUCUCCGCAUUUAGCCAUUCUUCCAGAACCAUUGCCCUUUUCUCUUUCGACUCCAGCUCAACCGUUGUGAAGUAAUCCAGCGCCUCCGCUGAAUUCCUUGUUCCUUCUUCUUCUUCUACUCCAAGUGUACUACUAUAUCGUCUCUGGGUUCCUUCAAGGCAAUAAUAUGGCAUCAAAGAGUUGAACAGAGUGAUCUAAAUCAAACACCAUUUAAAAAAAGCCUACUGUCUUCAUGCACACAUGUAUGUGCUAUCGUUUACGACAUCUCAUGCAAUAAGAUGGGUGAUAGAAAGUCUAUUUUGAUGAAUCAUAACACAAAACUAAACAAAUAACUUUUUGAUCUUUUUUUUUUUUUUGGCUACUAGCUAGGGAAUGAGGCAAUAAGCCUAAAAACCAGUGUUUGCAAACUCGCGAUCUAGGAUGAUUCUACGAUCCUAGGUCACUAAAUCGAUACUGAAUCGAUUAAACUUGUUUUUUGCGGUAGGAUCAAAGCAGGAUUGUACGGGAUCGGAAAAACUCGUAGAAUCAUGUUGGAUCGUUCGAGUCCACCGAUUCAGCCUCUAAAAAAUUUGUUGGGUUUGGUUUACUUCAAUUCAUGAAAAAAAGCUUUAAGAAGAAGAUGAAAAGAAUGAUAAAGUUGAAGAAAUUGAGUU